AUGGCCCCAGAGCGCACAGCGGAGGCCGCCCAGACUCGCAUGGCCUCCCGACCCGAGAUGAGCCUGGCCUCGGCGCCAUGCAAUCAGCUGACUCGCGCGUGCAACGGCACAGCUGGCACUUCAUCCGCAACAAAGAAAAGCAUCGUUUUCCGAAGACACGUUGCAAGAGAUUGUCAUACAUGCAAUUGCUCUAAUGCAACACAGCGCGUCUCAGAGGCACGUCCGCAGAGACAGAGCCCGCGGACAUGUACAGUUGCUUUCAAAGGUUCCUUGACCCAAAGUCUCGCCCUGGGCGCCCUCCCUCUCGCGGUCGAAGACGUAAACAACGACCACAACCUCCUCCCGGGGAAGCGCCUCGUCUUCGAAGUCGCCGACGUCGGGAACAGCAACCUGGAGGCGCUGGCGGCGUUGUCCAUCAGGCGCAUGACGACCAUGAGGGACAAGGGCCACCUGGUCUUCAUCGGGCCCGACGACAACUGCGCCAACGAGGCCCUGGUGGCGGCCGCCUGGAACCUGCCCAUGAUCACCUACAAGUGCGCCGACAAGCGCGUGAGCAACAAGACCAAGUACUACACCUUCGCCCGCACGAUGCCGCCCUCGACCAAGAUCGUGAAGGCCCUCGUGUCCCUCCUGAAGGUGUACUCCUGGCGGCAGUUCGUCCUCUUGACUGAGCACACGAGGAACUACCAGCAGAUCAAGGAGGCUGUCAAGAGCUUCGCCGACCACCACAAGAUGAACAUAACGCGAGAGCUGAGCGUUCCGUACGACUACACGACCAGCGGCUACCACACCAUCCAGGGCUUCGUGAGGGGGACCAUUCGCUCGACGCGCAUGACAAUGUUCUUUGUACAAACGAUACAUCUGAACUACUAUGAGGUCAAGAUUUAA